UACUUCCUCCUCUCCUCCUGGCUCCCCUCCAUGCCGGUGGCUUCAUGCGCAGCUGCCGCCUUCCUCCUCUUUGCUCGCCAUGCAGAACAACCACACCAAGGAGCACCUCUAUAAGAUCCUGGUGAUCGGCGACCUCGGAGUCGGCAAGACCAGCAUCAUCAAACGCUAUGUGCAUCACAACUUCAGCCCCAACUACAGAGCCACCAUCGGUGUGGACUUUGCUCUCAAGGUGCUCAACUGGGACCAGGAGACGGUGCGCCUCCAGCUCUGGGACAUAGCAGGUCAGGAGAGGUUUGGCAACAUGACCCGCGUCUACUACCGUGAAGCCAUGGGCGCCUUCAUCGUCUUCGACGUCACGAGGCCCGCUUCCUUCGAGGCCGUCACCAAGUGGAAGGAGGACUUGGAUUCCAAACUGACUCUUGCCAACGGGAAACAUAUAGCCACCGUGCUGCUGGCUAACAAAUGUGACCAGGGCCGCGACGUCCUCACCAAUAACGGAUUAAAGAUGGAGCAGUUCUGUCAGGACAAUGGCUUCGUGGGCUGGUUUGAGACGUCGGCAAAGGAAAACAUCAACAUCGACGAAGCCGCCAACUGCCUGGUCAAACACAUCAUCGCCAGUGAGAACGACAUGCUCCAGUCUGAGGUCUCCGACACCGUCACCCCACAGUUGGAGAAGGACAAAGGCGGGACAUGCGCGUCCUGCUUCAAGUCCCAGUGACCCGCUCUUGCAGGCCUUUUUUUUACGUCUCAUCAGGCAAAAGCAGUGGCUACUCUCCCCGUCUCAGAUUCUAAAGGGUUAACAAACAGCCGAGAACAUAAACAGAGAUGGACAUGGAGAUACAGAGGAGGGACGUUACCAUGGAGACCGGGUCACUGGCAUGCAAAAACCAAAGUUUAGCUUCCGCUGUUGCAUCAAACCAGCGUUAGAAUUUCUAAUAUUUCAGAUCCCACCCUGGCUCUGUUGAGCCACAUCUGUUCCAGCGAUUGCUGGUAGUAGUUACAUUAAAUUUUAAUACAAUUACUUUCCCCAGAUUAAUGAAUAAUAUGCUGAAGUAACAGGAAGUAAAGAAACCUGAGCCUUAGUUUAAACAUGAACACGUGGCAUUAGACAAUGUUAGUUGCCUAAAUUUGAAGAUAUCUUGUGUGAAAGUGUGACAAACUUGUCCUCCACAACCCUUCUUUUGCUUCCACCUUAUAGAUGACGAAGCCCAAAGAGCCUUUUUAUUUAUGUAUUUAUGCGCCAUGACGGUGGUUCAUGCUGGACUGUGUGUUCGCUGCUGCUUUGUGUCAAGUGUCCCUGACUUACCUCCGCACACCGCAGUGUCUGUCCACGUCUCAAUCCGGAACAAAAGUGAGAAGCCACAGAGCGGCAACACUCUCACUCAGUGGUCUCACACUUGAAUAUAAGGUUUUCUUUUUCAGUCUGCAGCUCUUUCCUUCCUGCUGCGGUGUGAACUGCACUUCAUGCUCACAGACUGGACGAGUGUCCCUCACAAGAGUGAUGAAAGCUGACUUAUUUUUGCUCAAAAAAAAAGAAAGAAAAAAAGAUCAGCCUCCUGCAGCGUCCUGCUGAAUAAUGGUCUGAUCCAGAUCCUCUGCUCUGAAGGUCUCUCUGGAGGUUUUGUUUCAUAUGUACAGAUGCACAUACUAAUUAUUUGCAUAUAAAUGUUCUUGAAUAAAUGUCUAACUGAAUGUGACAAUUCCAUUUGAGGAGAGGAAGAAUCAAACCCUGCUAAUGUUUUAAGAAAGCUAACGCUGUACGGCACACACCGUGAAAACAUCUUCCAGCAAUGAUGUAUCCUGUUUCCACUGUGUUGACAUCAAU